AUGAGUGCGCAUACGAGAGCACCAGGACCGGUUCCGUAUAACAACACCAAUUACGGCCACGACAACCUGAAUCCUGGUGUGGAAGCGGAUGAAAACAUCUCGAAAUCCAGCGAAAGCACACCGUAUGAUGGUGCAACCAUGGAGAAAAUUCCUUCCGAGCGACGAGGAAGUGCUGUCUUCCAAACAACGUUGAGAGAGGGCUCUUCGUACAAGACGCUUAACAGGUAUCAGGCAUCGCUGAUCUACAUCACGAACCAAGUCGGCAUCGGUGAGUCCCCUCUUUUGCUUUCUACAUUUCUCAACUGCGUCGACUGCUUUCGCAUCAUCGGUGGCAAGCCGUUGGCUAUUGUUGUCGGAAUCGCGUUUGUUUUGAAUCUCAUCUUGACAUGUGCUUCUUCAGUCAUCACCAUGAGCAUCGCGUUGAACAGCAUAUCGGAGCACGCAUUGUGCACAAUAUUGUUCAUUCUGUUUCCUACACUAUGCUCGUGGCUUUUGUGUAUCCCGCGCAAAAUGCGAUUCAUGGCAGAUUUUGGCAUCAUUGCCACGAUAUCCAUCUUCUCAGCUGUGCUCAUUGUCAUGAUCGCUUUAGGUGUAGACAGUCCAAGCACAGCACCUCCAGGAUGGACUCGGGAGAUCAAUGUAGUCGGCGACCCUACCUUUGCACAAGGCUUCUCCGCCGUCCUUAACAUCGCAUUCGCAUACGCGGGCAAUCAAGCCUUCAUUACAGUAAUGGCCGAGAUGAAGGACGCCUCAGCGGACUUCAUGCCGUCCAUGUACAUCCUGCAGAUUUUCGCGAUACCCAUGUACACAAUCGUUGGCGCCGUCAUUUAUGCUCUGGCUGGUCAGUUCACCACGAGCCCUGCAUUAGGCUCAGCACCUGUUAUCCCAUCCAAGGUUGCCUACGGCAUCCUCUUCCCGACACUCCUCGGUACUUCUCUCGUCUUUGGCCAUACAUCCAUAAAGUUCAUCUUCGUCGAGGUCCUACGUAUGCUCAACAUCGAGCAGGAAUACGAUCGCAACACAAAGCGCACCUGGGCCAUAUGGGUCGGAAUCGGCACAACUUUCUGGGUCCUGGCGUUUAUCCUGGCGAAUGCCAUCCCAAUCUUCGAUUCCAUUCUGUCGAUAUCGUCGGCGCUCUUUGUCGCGUGGUUCACGUUCGGUAUAUCUGGCGUCAUGUGGCUGUACCUCAACUGGGACGUGCAGUUCAAAGGCUGGAAGAAGACAUUGCUGGCUAUUCUUAAUUGGUUCAUCAUCCUGAUUACCCUCUUCAUGAACGGAGCAGGAUUGUGGGCGGCGAUCGAUCAACUGAUGGCGACUUACAAUGAUCCAAAUACGCCGGUUAGCAUUUCGUGGAGACAACAUGUCUAUUCCUUGAGACUCUUCCGCGCAAAUGCGAAGAAUCUAAUUACAAAAGGCAUCCCUUGGAUGUUUGAGAUUCUGGGCUUGCAAUCAACCGUGAAACGGAUUGCACUGGCUGAGGAGAUGCACAGGUGCAGGGGAAGGAACAACGUGACGGGCGGCAGCAAUGACUGGCAAGUGCCUUUCGACCCGUCGGAACAAGGGAAGAAGGCUUUCGAGGAAAAGAGCGUGGAGCUUGAUAUUAACUUAUUAGAAUUUCCGACAGAUGUCGUCUGGACCGAAACAGUAAUCCGCGACGUCUCGCCAGAGAUCACGACCUUUAGCGUGCUAUUCAAUCGCUUUGCACCAUUCGGAUACCGCGAAUUUGUCGCCGUGGGAAACCGAGCGACAGCGAUCCGCCUUCGCGACGAUCGCAUCCUACUUCUGAACCCAGUUCCUCUCGAACCGACAGUAAAGGCCACGUUGACUGCUCUCGGGGGCGUGCAUUUCAUCGCGAGUGAUCUAGGUCACCAUCUGUUUGUAAAGAGUUAUCUCGAUGUUUGGCCGGACGCAAAGACCAUCGGCGUCCCUGGAUUGGAAACCAAGCGCAAAGAUGUGAAAUGGGAUUUCAUGUGUGGCGACUGGAGUAUGGGAGGACCAGAAGACGAGUUUGGUUUUUCGGACGACUUUGAGACUGUCUUCUUCGAAGGAUUCAUUACGUACUGUGUAGCGUGGUACCACAAGCCAACGAAGACACUGAUUCAAUCGGAUCUCAUGAUGAAUCUGCCAUGCACUGAGGUAUAA